CCGCGUCUCCGCUCAACAUGCACGCACAGUUUUCCAACAGCCUCGACGUGUUGCUGGAGGUCAGAGCCGAGCAGUUGUCAAUCCACGAGCUGGCAGCUCUGCGCGCCGUGUGCGCCCAGCUCAAGCAGCAGGUCUGCGAGGCAGUACGCAGCCUGCAUGCCGCCGAGCUUGCCAAGAUUCUCCAGUGCACGACGACCUUUCCAGCAGUGGAGGAGGUUCGACUCGUCGAGAUCGAUUUCACGGAGUGGGCGGCGCAUUGCGCAGAGCGACUCGCGCACCGUGUCGCCACUCACAUCUUGUGGUUACGGAACGAACCGAACCACCGGUUCGUUGACCGCGCAAAUGCGUUGACCUGCUGGCAGACGCUGCUGGUCAGCCGGCUUCUUGGCGUGCAGCCGCUGGAGCUGGGCCUCUCGGACGUGGCCACCGUAGAGGCCAUGGAUCGAAACCAGCUGAUUUUGCGGCUGGAGGACAUGUUCCACUCUGGCCAGGACAUGGUGAGCGAUUCGCGGCUCCAGCCAGAAUCUUGGCGCCGCUCGCCGGCGGGUAUGCUCCAAUGGGACUCCGUCGACGCGAUCCUGCCAGAUGGGCGACGCGGCAUCUUCCAUGCGUCCCUCGACAGCGUCGUCGGCUGGAGGGCCAGUCAAGGGCGAACGAUCGACCGCGGCGCGGCGUUCCUCUAUCUGCGCUGGUUCACGCGCACAUUCGGUAUCGGCACGCACCCGAAGGCAUGUGUGCAUCAUGCGCUGCGUGCUCACGCGGAGAUCCGCGCGCUGCGUGGCCUCCUUCGCGACGCCACACGAACAGAGUCGGCCGAUGGGCUGCUGCGCCUGCUCCGCCAGCAAUUCGGCGCCGAGCGGACAGCUUCGAUGCAGAUCAGCCUUCGAAACGUGAUCAGCGGGGCGAGGUCGCCGGGCGACGAUUUCCCGUUGCCUGGGGUGGUUCCGGCGCUCGCAACGAGCUUCGAGGAGAUGAUGAGAGAGGUCGCAACGCACGACUUGGAGCACGACAAGCGCGGCAUCCUUCGGCGCAAGUGGAGGGCUGUGCUCUCCGGCUUGCACGCUUUUCGUCAUGGCUUCAGCCGAGUGCAACAGCUCGUGGACGAGCUGACUGCAGAUCAGCCCUGAGCCCCCUCACCCCUCACUUUCACCACAACAGUGCAGUAUCAGCCGGAGAGCGUGAAUCUGCUGACAGGGAGCACGCGGCUCGAAUAGAUUUUAAGUAUGUGUAUUUGGUUGGGGCCACGGAUGCCAACCCCACGCUCCUGUCGCACGGGGUGCAUCGCGGCGGCCGGCGCGCUCGGCAAACAGCAGAGCGCCGUGCGUGAUGAGGCGAGAUGGCUCGGCGCCAAAAGCUCCGGCUCGCGCUGAUGGAAGCUCUCCGGCCUCGCCCUCCGACGAAAAGGAUACUGCGAUGUGUGAGGCGCUCGCUCGGCCGCUCGCGGCCGGCGUCGCAGCGGAGGCCGCCUUGGGGGCGGCGGCGGCCUUGUCGCUCAGGGCGCACUUGCAGGCGAUCACGACUAGAAUCAGGGUCACGAUGCCGCCGAUGCAUGCCGCGCCCACGAUGAGGCCAAUGGCGAGGGCGGAGAGGUUGCACUGCGUAGAGUAGAACACCGAGUUCUGGCAGAGCGGGGCGUACUUGAGGGUCUGCGCAAAGGGUGCAGGGGGCGGAGCGGGCGGAGAGGGCGGAGCUGCUGGCGGCCGCAAUAAGGCAUCCAUAUUGUGCCAAGGUAGGGCCCUGGCCUGGAUCCGGCGUGCAAGCCGAGGUAGGGCCGUUAUCGCCCGGUCGAUUGCUAGCAUAACAGAUGCCUUCACGUUUGCCUUCGUCAUCCGGACCCGCCAGGACACACGCCGCGGGUUCCGAAUACGCCGCGGAUUACGUAACAAUUUGC